AUGCGAAUCGAGUAUCCCAAAGUUCGGAUCAUGGCACUUACUGGGACAGCUCCUCCGGAAGCAGUCAACGAUGUUAUUGAUCGUCUCGGGAUGCCUAAUUGCCUCCGCUUGACAGAAUCCCAUAAUUGCACGAAUUUGAACUACGUCGUUCGACAGAAAUGGAAGGGUGCCGUUCUCGCAGACGUUGUCGAAUUCAUUCGAACCAACUAUAAUGGACAGACCGGUAUCAUCUACGCUACAAGUCGAAAGAAAUGCGAGCACAUUGCUGCAGAGUUGCGGAAUGCUCAUCACUUGUCGGCAUUCCCCUACCAUGGGACAAUGGACAAGAAUGAGAGGCAGCAUAACCAAGAUAUGUGGCAGGACGGAAAGUGCAAAAUCAUAGUGGCUACAAACGCGUUCGGAAUGGGUAUCAACAAAUCCAACGGCAUGGCAUUCUCACACGAUCUCAGAAGAAUGUGUCUGACAACUUGGGAGGCAGUUCGUUUCGUCAUCCAUCACUCUUUGCCGAAGGAUCUUGAAAACUACUAUCAAGAGGCAGGCCGUGCAGGGGGAGACAGUAGUCCUGCCGAUUGUGUCCUAUCCCACUCGUACCGCGAUUACAGGGCAGGGUGCGCGGAUGUUCCCAGGCGGACACGGUGA